AAGGCAUCAAGACAUCACAUCAUCAGCUGGUAUCGUCGGUUGUUGAAUUUAUUUUAUCUUGCAGCCAGAUUCUUGCAUACAGCAGCACUUUGUACAAUUGGAAGAACUUUGAGGUGAUUCCGAAUGUUGACAUUGAUGUCAGCCAGUCUUCUGUGAUAGAGAGGCGAAUCCAAAACUCGUUUGCAUUUCCUCCUCUAAAUUGCUACACGAAAGAUUACCCUGAAAUUCACAAUCAUACCGGUUUCAUUCACAGCCUUGGGCUUCGUAUCGCCAAAGAUAAUCAAUUUGAUGCGUUGAUGGCCUUUAUUUUGGAAACCAGCACUACGGCAUUGUUUGAUGUUGGAGCUCUUUUGAAGGAUCACUCCAACGCCAAGGUAGCACAAAAUAUCUUGGCUUCAAAGAGAUACAAGUGCGUGGUCUAUUACGAUGACAAGGAAAGUGCGAUUGUUUAUCAAAUGGACAUUGGCAGAAUUGGGAAAGAUUUGCCUGUAGAGGACCAAUUCUCUUUUCUUCAAACCAAGUACAACUUGAAAAAUGACGAGAUUUUUCUUUAUCUUGACCAAGCCCAUUGUUUUCGAACCAAUAUCGAUCUCAAAAACUCAUCUGCGAUUUGCGUGAUUACUUUUUCGACGCUUGUUUAUACAAAGAGCUUUUAUAAAGCGCUGCUAAGAGCUCGAAACCUGCUAAAUGGUGUCUCGGCCGAUAAUCCGCCUACUGAUACCAAGAGGCCACGCCAACAAAUUAA